GCGUACGUGAGUACGCAGUGUUGGUGUGCGCGUGCGUGAGUGUGUGUACCGUGUGUGACGACCGUACGCAGCGGCAGCGCCACUGUUGACUGUUUUUAUUAUUGUUGUUGUUAUUAUUUUUUUUUCUUCCUCCUCCUCUCACACCGUCACCACAACCGUGCGUGCGUGUGCUUGUCGGCUGAGUGUUCUGCGCGUCACCGUCCGGUCCAUAUGCGUUAACUCGUCGCGCACAUAACAUUGGUACUAUUAUUAUUAUUGUUGUUGUUGUUGUUGUUGUCGAGGCGCUGCUGAUAAAGCCGAGUGAAAAACAGAAAAUAGACGUGUUCUCUCUUCGGGAAAUAAUCCCUCCGGUUCGGGGCAUUAAUUAUUAGUGUUUCUAACAGAAUAUCGACAACGAUGUUGUCGGGUUGAGCCGCGCGCGUACCGUUCGCAGGCAUUUUACAUUCGUUUCCCGGACGCUGAGCAGUGCGCGCGCGCGCGCGCCAGUCGAAUAAACCGUGCGCCAAUUGCGCGAAAUACGCUGCACCGUAUACCGUCGUUGCCGGAAGCGCGCCGAAAGGUUUUCCGGAGACACUUGCGUCGAACGAAAAUGGAUUCGUUGCGUGAACAGGUGAUGAUCAACCAAUUCGUGCUGGCCGCCGGAUGCGCCAGAGAUCAGGCAAAGCAGUUGCUGCAGGCCGCCCACUGGCAGUUCGAGACUGCAUUGAGCAUAUUUUUCCAAGAUUCUUCUGUAUCAAGUUGCAAUCAAAAUUCAGCACAGUUUGGAUUUGGACAAAUGACACCGUGUAAUACUCCUGCUACACCACCCAAUUUCCCUGACACUUUGAUUGCCUUUUCACGUAUGACAACUUCAACUGAAAAUUCAAAAUUGGGAUCAUCACCGAGUAAGUAUAAUUGUAAGGAAAAGUCUCAAAGUACUUUACAUGAUAUGUGUGAUAAUAAUUUAAAUUUUAUUUUAAGUUGUUAUUUGAUUACAUAAUGUUUUUGAUAUUCUAUCUUUGACUUAGCACCCCUAUACUGCGAACAGUGUGUUAAUCACCAUACUUUUGGAGUUCUGGAUGGUACUAUUGAUGCCCUGAUUUAUAAGCCUCUGUCUCCCACUGUAGUCCUAAACACU